AUGGGCGAUUAUCUUCACCCACCACAAACACCACCACCCUCCUCCCCAAGAAGGGUAAAUAAGGAACACACAAAUGUUUCCUUCAAUUUCAGCACCCCCGUGCAAUCUUCUCCCAAUUGUCACCCAAAUGGAAAAUGGUCAGCAAGUGCGGAAGAAAAUUUGCCAUCUAAAAAGUCAUCAUCAAGGGUUCUCAAUUUCUCUCUAUCCCAGUCAAAAAAGAAAAAGAAAAGGAGAGAAUCCAGUGAGGUUCCUACUUUCUGGGGAUUGACAACAAUGACUUCGCCAAAUUUUAAUCCUUCCCGCCUCACUUCACGUCAGCAAGCGUCUUUGAUGUCAAAAUGCGAAGCCUUGGGAAGAAAUAUCGAUGCCUUUACUCCCGAAGUGCUCUCAACACUUUCUCCUUUUGUUCUGGAUCGGAUCUCAAACGAAUCAUCAGGUAUUAUACCGUGGACUCAACAGCUGAAUACAACAUCGCCGAAGAGAUGUUCAGACAUUUCAGCAACGGAAUCCCAUGCUGAAAAAGAAAACUUGCUUUCUUCCACAGCAAAAGAAAAUCCCCGCUUCUCCAGGAAGGUAAAUCAGAAAAUUAGAUCUGCUGCAACCGUCGAAAACCCCAGCAUAAAGUUAUCAACUAAAGCUCAAUUUAAAUCGAAAAAAGAUUUUGUGCCUACAGAUGGUGCAAAAGAUAAAGGCACAAAUUCCAAGCAGUGCCAAAUAUCGCUUGCAAAAGUUGAAAAGAACCCUAAAGGAUCACAAUCCUUAAAUACAGACAACUUUUUGAGGAAAAUCCACAUGAUUUCGCCAGAUUCAAAUCAUGACUUUGUACAAAAUGCCGCUUCCACUUUUUUAGAUGUUGCAAAGCCUACUUUUAACACCGACCUUAUAAAGGAUAACAAAAAUAAUGGUCCCAUUUUGGAAUCCGUUUUUGGAACGGAACCUGGCAAAGUCUGUGAAACUCCAAUUGCCAACGAAUCGCAUGGAUUCUUUUCAACUAAUCUGUCGCAGUUAUCCGAUAAGCCCCUUGCUAACCCUUCGCCAAUUUUGAUAGAAACUGGUUCCACAUCGCCAGUGCAGAAUUCUUUUGCAUCCGAAAUUGUUGUGCCCAGAUGUUUCCUUCCCUCGCUGCCAAGUACGGGGACUCGCUUUUCAAAAACCUAUCAGGACAUAAUUUACAAAAGAGCCGUUUGCCAGAUUCACAAGUUUAUAUCUGAAGAUGGUACGUGCUGCAAAGAUCUGCUCUCAAAAGCUACGGACGAAAAGGGUCGGAAGAGGUUUCAUGGUGCUUUUACAGGUGGGUUCACAGCCGGCUAUCACAAUACCGUUGGAUCAAAGGAGGGAUGGCUUCCCUCUGAAUAUAAGAAAAAGAGUUAUUCUGGAAAUAGGGAGGACCGUCUGCUUUCCAUUAUGGAUGAAGAGGAUGUUGACGACUAUUCUCAGGCUGCACAUUCUAGAGCUUUAUUACCAAAGUCUUGUAGAAAAUUGACCCUCAAUUUAAAGAUCAUCCCCAUACGUUCGGACCAGCAAGCUAGGAAACAAAAUUUUGACUCCAGUUGUCCUUCUUUGCAAAUCAUCGCGCAGGCAAGAGAAUUAAUGGCCGAAGGUCAAUUGGGACAAUCCGUUUCUUCAAAACCCAGAAGCAACGAAGUUAUUGAUGAUGAUGAACAGAGCUACGAGGAUGAUCACUGCUACGGGUCUCCGGAGCACCGAAUUGAUGAAAAGAAAUUGAGCAUUAAAGCCAAACUUUCGAUCGCUCCGUUUGAAUUAAGGGUGUAUGAAGCACUAUCAAGUACCGACAUCAUGGCGAGUGAAAAAAAUGAAAUUCCAAUUGAUUUGCUUGUGACUCCUCAAACAAUUCCAGAAUCAUUUUUUCUUACCCCAAGAUCUGAUAAAAUUGACCAUUCUGCUGCAACAGGAUCUAUUCUUACGCCAAUGGAGGCGAAUGCAGCCCUUUCUUCAUCGUAUGAACCAUUUGAGUCUGCUCCUGAAAAGCAAAAGCGAUACAAGUUGUUUCUACAUUCUAUUGCGAAAGGAAAUAAUUUACUACUUGAGGUUUGA